UCAGACUCAGUCACACUCUUCCAGACGUCACACGGUCAUAUUGCGGACGAAGUGCGAAUCGAUUUGGAAAAAUCUGCUGCUCGGCCUGGAAAGUAGAAAGUAUAAAGCUCUGCGUUUAUAAUUUAAUUUGCAGCCAAAGCCCGCUGCCGAUCAGGUAAGUUAGCUCCCCCACAUUAUCCGUACCGCCAUUUGAAAGCCACGCCAACGAGAACCGUGAGAAAAUGUGAACUCUAGCCGCCGCCAUCUUUUUUUAUGUAUGCGUUAGGCCACAACGCCAAUAAUGCGAUUUAAAACCGAGUUUAUUAAGAUUACUCGCGCUCCUUGUGCUGCUGCCUUAAUGUUUAUCCUUUGCUCGUAUUGGUUAAAAUAGAAAACAAUUGCACUGUCUUCUCUCUUCUCUUGAGGUAUCGCGUUUGUUCGUCGCCGUUGUCGUCCUCCAACCGCGGUAUAUACAUACAAACAUAUAGGCAAAUAUAUAUAAAUAUAUUUUCGACGCAGCCGCCGCCGCCGCCGCCGCGUAGAUAUCCAUUUUCCGGGAUUACCCCACCCAGAGUGAUAUAAACGAUAUAACCGUGGACGACCACGCAGCGGAACCCGCUGCCGCCAUGCCCGGAGCCGGCACGUUCAAGUUAUUCAUCGGGAAUCUUGACGAGAAGACACAGGCCACCGAGCUGCGUGCACUGUUCGAGAAGUACGGUACCGUCGUCGAGUGCGACGUGGUGAAGAACUAUGGCUUCGUUCACAUGGAGACGGAGCAGCAGGGUCGCGAUGCCAUACAGAAUCUGAACGGUUAUACGCUGAACGAGUUCGCCAUCAAGGUGGAGGCGGCCAAGAGCCGGCGGGCGCCCAAUACGCCGACCACGAAAAUCUUCGUGGGAAAUCUAACGGACAAGACGCGGGCGCCGGAGGUGCGGGAACUGUUUCAGAAAUACGGCACCGUCGUCGAAUGCGACAUUGUGCGCAACUAUGGUUUUGUCCAUCUGGACUGUGUCGGUGAUGUGCAGGACGCCAUUAAGGAGCUGAACGGUCGCGUUGUCGAUGGCCAGCCGCUCAAGGUUCAAGUGUCGACCAGUCGGGUCCGCCCCAAGCCGGGCAUGGGCGAUCCGGAGCAGUGCUAUCGGUGCGGAAGAUCCGGGCAUUGGUCGAAAGAGUGUCCGCGACUGUACGGCAGUGCCGGAGGCGGACGCGAGCCGCCAUCGCCCCUCAGCGCCGGCGGCUACAGAGAUCGCAUGUACGGUCGUGACCCGUAUCCGCCGCCACCACCGCCGCCGCCGUUCCUGCGUGACCGCAUCAUGGAUGGCUUUAGGGACUAUGACUACUAUGACCGCCGCUUCGAGGACUCACGCGAUCUGUAUGAGCGUCGCUAUCAGACCUCGCGAAUGCGCGACUUCCCACCGCCGCCCAUCUCUCGCCGCGAACCCAUGCCUCUACCGCCCACCUUAAGCGGCAGCCUGCGCUCCUGCAGCGUUUCUCGUGGAUACGACACUAUGUUCAGCCGGCGCUCGCCUCCGCCGCCGCGUAGCAGCAAUGGAAUGAGUCGCUACGGCUCGCCCACUCCACACGGUUACGAGGACUUUAGUCGCGAUGCAUUCGACGAACGCAUGAUUUCGUCGCGCGGAAUGCGCGGUCCAUCGCCGCCGGGUCGCAGAUAUGCGCCCUACUGAGAUGAGUUUUACUAUCACGGCAGCAGCUGAGUAGCGGUUGCACUACCCAUGCCCCUGCCAAUGGGUCACACAUUCUACCACACGACCAGCAAUCGAAGAACGGCGCCUGUGGACUGCUGGCUGCUCUGCUGGUCGCCAGCGGCGGCCUACUACCAUCACCACCAAGCACACCAGCAGCACAUGCUGAUGCCGACGACAAUUUCACAACUGUGGCUGCCGCCUUGGUAAACCACAUACAUGUUACUAAACCCAAACUAACCAUUACUCGUACACUUAAACAAGAAGAUGGAAAUACGUGUUUAAGCAUCCUCCCUAUAUGCAAAACACGCCAAAAAAAAAAAAGAACUAGACAACGACGUGCAACCUCUACACAUUCAACCGUAGUACCAAUAAACGCAUAAUCAGUCGAAACUGUGCAAAAAU